AUGAUUUACGCUGAAGAGUUGGAGAAAGAAGAAGAUAGAGAUAUGGUUAUGUUGCAUUUAGUCAGAAGAAACAACAAAAGCUUUUACGACCUUGCUAAGAUUUACAAAUCUGACAGAAACUGGUUCUAUCGUGAAAACUUACCGAUUUCAAUGACACCGAAUGAGCAAAUAAAGGAAAUUGUCAAAAAUACUCUUCCUCAAACACACUAUGAUAUGAAAGGUUGUACAAUACUUACCUUCAAAGAAGACUUACCGCUACUGAAGGAAAAGAUAACAGAAUAUUUCGACAACUUCAAAGAGGAAGAAUAA